AAUGAAGCAACAAGCUGUAGCCUACAGUACAGUACACAACAACAACAAGCUUUAAAAUGUUGAGGGCAAAAGGCGAGCAGAUAACCUUCACAAUGGCAACAAUGAAAUGACGGAAUAAUGGAUCCUUGACCUGGUCUAGACGUUGUCGACAUAUCUCUGCGCGCAGUCCACAUCCUGACAACCAUCCGCAAACACUACAAAGUGCGUUACUGUCAGCCCCCCGGCCCCAGAUCUCGAGUCCGGUUCUGAGGUACAGUAUGGUCAACAUGGAGGAAUUCCCCCCAAAAUUCAGUAAGGUGCUGGUGACACCUGAUCCGCACUACAUACCGGGGUAUGCAGGGUACUGCCCCCAGCUGAAGUACCACCUGGGGAAGACCUACGGCCAGCUGACCGCCAAGUUGCUGUCCUCUCCAGAGGUGUCACGCUCGCGUCGCCUGGUCCUCCACACGGGCCGCUUCCCCUCCACAGAGACAGACACGGGCCCACGGGACGAGAUCUGGAGGAGCCACCAUGGAGAACGCAGGAAUCUGGAGAGGAUGAUACCGGGCUACACUGGCUUUGUUCCCAAAAGCCAGAACUACUUCUCCCGUACGUAUGCCGAGACGUGUCGCGAGGCCCUGUCUGAGUUUGACCGGGACCAGCAGAGGGUUCGCCUGGCAUCAGCAAUACCGCUUGUCAGCAACACCAUCUCAAAGUUUAAACCUCGGAGACUGAGCACCCCUCUGACGGCCAUCUCUAAAGAGCCAGCCCCCUACAAGACCAUGGACCCCUGGAAGCCCAAAGGCUCUCCGUACUUCAUGGCAGACAGCAGUCCACACAAGUACUUCAUCUCAGGUUUCACAGGGUACGUGCCCAAAUCUCGCUUCUUGAUUGGGACGGGCUACCCCAUCACCACCAACAAGGCUCUGGUUCAGUUUGGGAAGGAGAUGAGGAGGGACCCUACCUCCCUGCAACUCCCUGGGGAGGAAUCAGGAGCCCUGCCCCCCAUCCCCACUGUCUACCCCUCCCACCGGGGACUUCUGCCCUCCUACACCGGCCAUGUUCCAGGAUACAAGUUCAGGUACGGCCAGACCUUUGAGAAGCUUACCCACAAUGCCCUGGGCCUGAGCGGCACUCAGAGGAAGAUUGAGGCCAGAGCCCAGUAAUGGAGGAACAAUUCACCAGACAAUCACAAGGACCAGGGUUGAGAACUGAGUGAAGGAAUCCUCGGACUUUGAAAUAACAGCGUCUGUGAAACAGCAAAACUUUGGUCUGUGGACUAUGUACAUCCCAGGGUGAUAAAUAAUAAUGGCCCAAUUUUUUUUGUAUGAGCAGAACAACAAGUGAAUGUGAAGUACAAGUCACAAGAUAACUUAUUGAUUUAUCUUUAUUUGCAAAGGUUGAUUGUCACAAGGAACUUCCACUCAGAGGGUGCAUUCUUCUAAGGUUGUAGGGUUAAGUACAGUUAGGUUGGGGAGGAAAGAUGAGAGGGGUUUGAUAAACUCACCUUCACAUUAUUGCAGAGGUUAUAAUAACCAAGUCAUUCCUGUCACGCAAUUUCAAACUUGAUUUUACUCCUUAGCUUAGAACUACUGGCCUAUCAAAACAGUGUACACCUGAAACACACCAUGAUAGCUUAAUAUUGUGAAAACAACACACUCGAUUUGGAGACUAACGGUUCCACAAUUCUAGAAUUUGAUUACCUAAAUAUUUACAAAACUACUUCUCUCUCAUAAAAAACAAUAUAUUAGGAUAUUGAUGUAGGUAGAAGAACCACACAAAGUAGUAGGAUUAAAUUAGCACCUAAUGACUCCUUGAACGUACAUAUAUCAUUUUUUAUACACAUGCACAGAAAUCUUACCUUGCUAGUCUGGAUUACCUCACAAACAUGUAUUGACUUUGUCUAGUUGAAUAUGAAGGCAACCUCAUUUUGGAAGAUAAGCCACUGUACAAGGCUGCUGAGUGGCAUAAUAUUUGGCACUAGUUAACAUGGCUAGUAAAGAUUGCCUUUCUGCAUUUUUUUUUUGUUGACAUUCCAUUCGCACAUAGAAUAGACAGGGCAUAGGGUUGGAAGGUAGAGGACAGAUGGAUACUAUUAGGAUAAUAGGAUGCUACUGUAUGGUAUGCAUGCAGCUCCAUUAAAUACUAAUUGGUUUCUUAUG